CUGCAUUUUACUCUUCCUUGCGCCUUUUUUUUUUUUUCAAAAUUUCGUGUUACUGAUGUUCUAGAACUUGUUUUCAGGAAGAAUCCUUGUUUUGAUUUUCUUUCACCGGAACCUCACACCUCUGAUGCUGUACUUGUUAUUGACGGUGUAAAACUACAUGUUAGCAAGAUAUACCUCUCCCUAUACUCGCCUGUGUUUUAUGCACUGUUCUUCGGAAAAUUCAGUGAGCGUGGUAAACGGGAAAUACCUGUCGAAGACGUAAUACUGGAUGAAUUUAUUGAGUUACUGAAUGUCGUUUAUCCUAGUCACAAACCAGUUUCCACUGACAAUGUGGAAUUCCUUCUUGAAUUGGGUGAUAAAUUCGAGAUUCAGUUUGUAAUUGAUGAAUGUGAACGUUUCCUCAUGUUCACUGAAGACAUUGCUAUUGUGACCAAACUUGUAUGGGCAGAUCAAUAUUGUCUAGCAAAAUUACAGGUACAUUUCGAUGCUUGUGUUAAUGACACAUGUGUUCGGACCUUCAAAAACGUGAAUGACAUAAAAGCCUUGAAGUUAACUGAGGAGUACAAAAAUCUCAGCGACGCAACAAAAGCGGCACUUCUAGAGAAGAUAUUCAAAAUUCUAAAAGACUGA